CAUUAAACUGUAGAUGCAAACUAACCAAAUCUGGCUUUAUUCUGAAGUUAGACUGCAGCCUGUAUUACAUGUGUACGGGUUUCUAUCGUUUCCACGCUCAGGGUGGGGACCUUGAAAGAGAGACAUUGCCCAGUUUGAUAUUGCUGAAUAUGAUCUAUGCCUCUAACGCUUGCAGAGGGGUAGAAAAGCUGUUUCUUGCAUCUGGGUCCAAAGCUAAGGGCUGCUUGAAGGCCCCCCAGGAGCCUCCAACAGCAGUUGGAGCAGCAGCAAGACCUGGAACAAGUUUUACCGUGACCGGAGCUCCGGUGACUGCCAGAGUCCUGCACGCCGGGACAAAGCCAAUACUUGGUGUUGUGACAGCUGUUGAACUAUGGCAUUCCCCAAGAUUUGGUGUAUUGCAGCCCUUGGAUUUCUGCUACCUUUUUCUUCUGCUCAUACGGACUUCUUCACUUCCAUYGGUCAUAUGACAGACUUAAUUAAUACAGAAAAAGAUCUGGUCAUAUCACUGAAAGAUUAUAUCAAGGCAGAGGAGAGUAAGCUGGAGCAGAUCAAAAAAUGGGCAGAGAAAUUAGAUAAGCUGACGGACACGGCUACAAAAGACCCUGAAGGAUUUUUGGGACAUCCUGUAAAUGCCUUCAAGUUGAUGAAAAGGCUUAACACGGAGUGGGGUGAGCUGGAGAACCUGGUUCUGAAGGAUAUGUCGGAUGGUUUUAUAUCCAACAUGACUAUCCAACGGCAGUUUUUCCCAAAUGAUGAGGAUCAGACUGGUGCCGCGAAAGCUCUCCUGCGGCUCCAGGACACGUACAAUUUGGACACAGACACCCUCUCCAGGGGCAAUCUGCCAGGUGUAAAGCACAAGUCAUUCCUAACAGCUGAAGACUGCUUCGAGCUGGGGAARAUCGCCUAUACUGAGGCCGACUACUACCACACGGAGCUGUGGAUGGAGCAAGCUCUGAAGCAGCUGGACGAGGGCGAGGUCUCUUCUGCGGACAAGGUCUACAUCUUAGACUACCUGAGCUACGCCGUGUACCAGCAAGGGGAUCUGAGCAAGGCCGUGAUGCUCACCAAGCGUCUCCUUGAGCUGGAUCCUGAACAUCAAAGAGCAAACGGGAACAUGAAGUAUUUUGAAUAUAUCAUGGCUAAAGAAAAAGAAGCCAAUAAAUCUAGUACCGAAUCGGAAGACCAGGCGGAGAAGGAAACUGAAGUUAAGAAAAAGGAUUACCUGCCUGAGAGAAGGAAGUACGAAAUGCUGUGCCGUGGGGAGGGGCUCAAAAUGACCCCACGGAGGCAAAAAAGACUCUUCUGCCGCUACUACGAUGGAAACAGGAACCCCCGCUACAUCCUGGGUCCUGUCAAGCAGGAAGAUGAGUGGGACAAGCCCCGAAUCGUUCGGUUCCUUGACAUCAUCUCCGACGAAGAGAUCGAAACUGUGAAGGAGCUCGCGAAGCCCAGGCUGAGGCGAGCUACCAUUUCAAACCCCAUAACAGGAGCCUUGGAGACGGCACAUUACAGAAUUAGCAAAAGUGCUUGGUUGUCAGGCUAUGAAAGCCCCGUGGUGUCUCGCAUUAACACGAGGAUACAGGACCUAACAGGCCUUGAUGUCUCCACAGCCGAGGAACUGCAGGUGGCAAAUUAUGGAGUGGGAGGACAGUAUGAGCCCCACUUUGACUUUGCACGGAAAGAUGAGCCAGAUGCCUUUAAGGAACUGGGAACAGGCAACAGAAUUGCUACUUGGUUGUUUUAUAUGAGCGAUGUGUCAGCAGGGGGAGCUACUGUCUUCCCUGAAGUAGGAGCCAGCGUGUGGCCUAGAAAGGGCACAGCUGUAUUCUGGUACAACCUCUUUCCAAGCGGAGAAGGUGACUACAGCACGCGGCACGCAGCCUGCCCGGUACUAGUUGGGAACAAAUGGGUAUCCAAUAAAUGGCUCCACGAACGGGGACAGGAAUUCCGAAGACCGUGCACAUUAUCAGAGCUGGAAUGAUGCAGGCUCUGCCUCCUUCWCUUCUGUAUUCAAUUUGUGUAAAAUGCACAGAUCUUCUACAGUUUACAGUUGACUAACACUCCACACUACAGGUUCAGUCUUCAACUACACCAAUGUUUCAUCUGUGGACAAAACAAACAUGCUUUAGUUCCCUCUAAAAUACCCCUYUCUGGUUUUAUACACAGAAUAUAUUGAUUUUAAAGGUCUAAGAGUGUUGCAGAAGGAAAAAAAAAAAAACAAGGCUAAACUGCAGAGCCACAGCUAGCAGUGGUGCACCCUUCACCAGCCCUGCUCAUCAGCACCGACCGCCAGGGCUUGUUUGCUUUAGAGCCCUCGCGCCUCUCAGGGUGUUGGGGGGCAGUAACUGCUGACCAGACGGUGUCACGGGAGGACUCUUUUCUCGGAAGGCUGUAUUAAACCAGUUCGUAUUCCCGAAUAUCCAGACGCUGGACUCCUUGCUCGCGUAGAGUGCCUGACCACUACUGUUUCAAACUGUGGGUGUGCUUUGUGUUGCUCUGAGAGCGGGUUAGCACUGCCUGUUUUACCUUAUUUCUCCAUUUCCACAACAGCCCAGGUUUGGGAACUGGCCUCCUUUUUAUGCCUCUGGUGAGUUGGGGUCUUGCCCUUAGGAACAUGAGGCAGCAGCUCCGCAUGCGCAGAGGGGAUGCUCUAACAGUGCUGUGUCACCUGCAGCACAGCAUGUGACAAUUACAGCCCAUCUUCCCUCCGUGUUGUGCUUUUUUCCUUCAAUAAGUUUGUCCACGUAACAAGGAACAGAUGCUGCUUUUAUUCUAUCUUAGUAAUAAACUCUUAUGUCUACUCCUKGGGCAGUGGGGAUGGGAAUAUUGCCAUCUUCAUUCAUCAAAGUAACCGUGCCUUAGGAUACUGGAUUUUCAAAUAGGUUGUGAGACUUCAGGUGAUGAGGCAAUAAAACACAAUUGCCAUAAAACACUCUUAACUCCUGAAAAUCAUACUUUGUCCCCUCAAUUCUCGAGUGUUUUUGAGAAAUAGAUGGCCUAUUUAUACUCCUCAACCUCAUUCUAGAUGCUUUUUAUUUUGCAUGUGUUUUUUCUGUUGUGGAUGCUGAGCGCAAGCCAGAGCCCUGUCAUACCUGUAAUCCCAAGAUGCGACAGAGCAGGAGGAGCUAAGAAAGAGCAGGACAGAGGCUGUGAUGGGGUGGGGGGAUUGUUUCCCUAAGCUGGGUUUCAGCAGCAGCAUUUAGAGCAAAAUGUCCAAACACUCCACAAACAUGGGGACAAGAAUCCAAACGACCUGCACGAGGCUCUCCUGUCUCAAAACAGUCUAGUUGUCUGGAUGGUGUGGUGGUUUACUGAUGUAGGGGUCAAAGCCUGAAGUCUUUACCAAGGAAAAAAAAGCCUGUUUUARUCAGUUGGAUUUUUCUGCCUCAAUAACAUCUUGCAAACUGAGCCAAAAGGUAGAAGCAGCCGACAAUAUAUUAACAUUGUUAUAUUGUUAAUAUAUUAAUAUUGUUAGAAGUACCKCUGGGGCAGUGAGAGUACAGGGUGAGGCGCUACAGCACACUUGCAGGAGGCAUAUUUACAAAAGACACCUGAAGUCUUAGCUGGAAAUUGCAUCAUUAAAUUUUUAAACCUAUCAGCAAUGGGACCUACCACACUGCUCCACUAUGGCCCUGCACCUUGUGUUUUGCAAGUGAUUUUUUUGAGAAUGACAGAUAAAAAAAUAACAAGGUUCCCCUCACUGCUGUACUGCUCACUUCAUAGCACAACAGAACAGUGGCUGACAUAGAUUCAGCAAAGCGAGUUAUCAGAGCAUAC